AUGUAUAAGUUAUAUAUUUUGGCAAUACUCUGGCCUAUAGCCGAUGCAGCCAACAAGCCCAACCAUCUGAUUGUGACUUGGGAAUCAUUUAAUUGUGACGUAAAUCACGAUUUAAUUGGGUUCUACAGAUGCUUCAUUGUUGAACCGGCAAAAACCCUUUUAACGAGCGAAGUUCAAUAUAAUCGAGAUUUUGCUAAAAUUAAUGCUAGCCUUGCGCUCGCGAAUAUUGUCUACAAUACCAUGAUAAAGAACAGCAAUUAUCCACGGAAGUGUCCUCAACUGAAGGGCUUCUAUUUCUAUCGCAAUAUUAACUUGGGUGAAAAUAUUCCGCUUUUUUUUCCAACUGGUGAUUUUAAGGCACAAUUGAAUUUUUUUAUGUUUGACUUAACAAUGAUAAAUAUUUCAGUAAGCGGUACUGCGACACGCAAAUAA